CAUUUCCCAAUAUAUAUUGACUCCAUCCACCUCUAUAUUGUCUGCAAGUUCGGUUGUGUGUGCUUGUUAAUAGAUAUUUUGAAUAGCUUUCGAUUAGAUUCUUGGAAAAUGUUGCACGUUUGAGAGAGUGGUUUAGUUAUUGAGGCUUGGAUAUUGAAAUGACGGCAAUUAAACCUUCCGGGAAAUUUGCUAAUCCAGCGAAAGUGGAUUUUGAAGUUCCUUCUUGGGCAGGAAAAGCACCUACUGGAACACAUCUGAAUGUCAUGAAAGGAGAGAAGUUGGUUGAGAAACUCAUCAUUGACGAGAAAAAAUGUUACGUUUUCGGGCGAAACUCUGACUCGUGUGAUUUCAUCACUGAACAUUCAUCCUGUUCCAGAGUUCAUGCUGUCCUUGUCUAUCACAAACAUUUGAAGAGAAUGUUCAUUAUUGACUUAGGAAGCACCCACGGAUCCAUGAUAGGAAGAAUUCGUCUUGAAGGUCGGAAACCAACUCCUGUACCUUUUGACAGCACGAUACAUUUCGGAGCUUCUACAAGGCAUUAUGUUUUGAAAGAACGUCCUCCUGCUGUUGUUGCGAAGGAAGAAGCAAAAAUGGAAGAAGAAUUGAAGUUUGGACUUCCUUUUGAAGAAGAUGAAUUAGAUAAUCUGACGGAAUACAAUACAGCACAUAACAAGAGAGUCACAACGCUACCAGUGGACGAACCGGUCAAAUUAAAACGGAAAAGGAAAUCAAUCUCUUUCAAUGACGAAGAAAUAAUUAUCAAUCCAGAGGAUGUUGACCCAAAUGUUGGUCGAUUCAGAAACAUGGUCUCAGUACAAGUCAUACCAUCCAAGAAAUUCCGAGGAGAGGGAUCAGGGUUGAUUCCAAACACAUCAGAAAUCAACAAAAGAGUCCAAGAGUUUUAUAAUCAAGGUCUAUAUGAAUCGUUAGACUCUGAUGAAAAAUCAGCUGUUAAACCUGCUACUGUGACAUCACCAUCAGCUUCGUCAGGCAUGGCUGGUUUUUCACUUCCUUUACCAAACCCUGCUCCGGAUAUAGAAAUGGAACCAGAGGUUAAGAUACAGACUGCCCUUAAGGUGGCGCCAGCUGUUCGCAUGCGGGCCGAACAAGAUGAAACUCGACCCAGGAAGAAAUAUAUUAAAGAGGCGUGGCCUGGAAGAAAACCAACCCCUGCAUUGCUUGUCUGAUUGGUCAAUUCAAUAUCAGGUGACCACUGCUUUGAAUCCCAUUGGUGGAAUCGGAUGCUGAUUAACAGAGAGACUUCCCGCUGUGAAUUACAUACUGGGCUUCAGCAUGUUCAGAUAUGCUAUCAACAUACAACUUUUGCAGAGCUUUGGAAUUAAGAAUAAUAGCUUGAUUUAAGCAAAUUUAAUAAUGUUGUUGUCAACGGUUAUUCGCUUUUUUAUUCUGAAUAUUUUUCUGAAGUUUUUUAACCUUAACCAUUUAGUCGGCCAUGAUUACAGUUUUUUAAUCAAGGUCGGUGGUUCUCAACCUUUUUUCUUUCGUUGCACAAAAAUUCUUGUGGCUCAUUAAAUUUUUAUUGUGAGGCAUUAUUAGGAAAAAUCAUAAUCUUUCUGCGAAAAUGGACGCUUUUCGUUUAAUAAUUGGAAUGAAAAUUACCAUUCAGUAGCAGAAAACAGCAUCAUCAAUCAUUUGUACUACAAUCAAAAUUAAGGAUAGCGAUACCAAUAAAACCAGCAAUUUGGUCCACUGGUUGAUAGGGCUGUCCAAAAUCGAAUAUUUUUUUGAUUCGAAUCGAACCGAAUAUUUUUCUCGAAUCGA